UCGCGCGUGAAACGACAUGCGUAUAUUGUGUGGGUAGUUUCGUGCUUUGUAUUUGCGCAUCUCGUACGAUACUGCGCGAUUAACGCGUUGAUUCCAAUCGAAUUGCUUAGCUCUUGUGACAGGUUUCUCAGAAGAACAUCGCGGGGGUAGUUGAACGGAUUCCGUUCCGUGACGCGAGAGAGUCGUUAUCGCUUUUAUUCGCGGUACAUCUUUGUGACAUCUAAGAAAAAGGAUAUUAAUUUCCAAAGUGUUGUAUAUACUGUGAUAACCGCCAAAAAACUUUCGCUUGCAAACCUCGAGCAGAAAUAAAUAAUGUCAUCUCGCAAGAAAGUGUUGCUAAAAGUUAUAAUUCUUGGAGAUUCAGGUGUAGGAAAAACAUCUUUGAUGAAUCAGUAUGUUAAUAAAAAGUUUAGCAACCAAUAUAAAGCAACAAUAGGAGCAGAUUUUUUGACCAAGGAAGUAAUGGUUGAGGACAGAAUAGUUACUAUGCAGAUCUGGGAUACUGCUGGGCAAGAAAGGUUUCAGUCAUUAGGAGUAGCCUUUUACAGAGGCGCGGACUGUUGUGUGCUAGUAUUUGAUGUAUCUGCACCAACUAGCUUCAAAUCUUUAGACUCAUGGAGGGAUGAAUUUUUAAUUCAAGCUUCUCCUCGAGAUCCUGACAACUUUCCAUUUGUUGUGCUUGGAAAUAAAGUCGAUCUUGAGUCAAGAGCAGUAUCAAGCAAGAGAGCACAACAGUGGUGCCAAUCAAAGAACAAUAUUCCAUACUUCGAAACUAGUGCAAAAGAGGCUAUUAAUGUUGAGCAAGCUUUCCAAACGAUAGCUAAAAAUGCUUUAGCUCAGGAAAGUGAAGUUGAACUUUACAAUGAAUUUCCGGAUCAAAUCAAAUUGACCAAUGACCAAAGAAGCAACGGCAGAGGCGAUUCGUGCGCUUGCUAGGUCACAGCGAUAAUACCUGAGAUGGCUAACAAGGAUGCACAGGUCAGAUUGUACAUUUACAUCACCUGCGCAUGAAAGAACGCGGAGAAUAUAUUGCGAUGAGCUUUAUGUGUGCGGGAAGUCUCAUAAAUACAUUUCUUUAUGAACAGAUGUUAUCAAAAUAAUCUUUUGUCCGCAAAAUGUCUCAAUAUUGUCGAAAUAAGUUUGUUAAAUCACGUUAGUACACGAUAUAAAAAAAAAGAAUAACAAGUUGACUCUAUACGUAAAGGAGUGUGUACAAACUAUUGACACACACACACAUACACAGAAACUAACAUAUAUAUGUAUAUAUGCGUAUACAUAGAUACAUAUAUAUAUAUACAUGUAUAUACACACAAUUGUUUUUGUAAAAUGUGCGUGAGGGAGGGGAGGAGAGUUGUGCGUGCGUGUUUUUUCAGACUUCCUGACUUAAAAAAAUAUCGCAAUUUUGUAUUAUAUACUCCUGCUGAAUUUACGACUUGUCAUGUAAGUCUCUAUCUAUACGUUAUCUUUAGCUAGAAAAUUCGUUUUUCUUUUAUUAUAAUGUAAUGCUCUCUUAUCGGGUAUGGCAAAACAUAUAAACACUUUUUUGUUUUUAGUUUUUUUUUAAUUGUUAUUUCAAUCUUAAAAUGAUUUUUUGUAGUUUUAAUUCAUUCUUACACAAGAAUAUUUCAAGAUUUUUUGAGACGAUAUUAGGAGUCGUUGUUGCACCAGAAAAACUAUGUGGGUUGGGAACAUAUUGUGUGUUAGCACGAUACUGUUAGUAAAUUAUAUAAUAAAACAAUUUGCUCAUAAUUUGUUAAGUACAAUUGUGCAUUUAUGAAGGUCUAGAGUAUGUAGUUUAUUACUCUUAUAGAUGAAACUUGAAAACUUGUCUCGCAAAAAGUAGUUCAUAUGAAAUGGACUGAGAAAAUAAGAGUUACAAUAAAGUUGCUAAGAUAUACUUUCUAGCAAUGUGUCGUAAGCUGUUUUAACAAGUUUGAAAUUUACACGGAUGCAUGGUGUGAGCUCCUAACCUUUUUUUUUCUAUAUUGAGAAUUCUCAUUUUUUUUAAAUUGAGAUAUAAAAUUUAUUGUUAAAAAAUAUUAAUUUUUGUUGUGCACACAAUAUCAAUGCAAAAUAUGUUACUCUUCGUUUAAAUUAAUUAUAUUACAUCGUGUUUUGUUUAGGGAUGUUUGUAUGGCCAUCCCGAUUUAGAAAGAAAAAGAAGAAAAUGCAUUGCAAAUGCGAAUUAGAGAAAUUUUCCUGUCAUUGGACGUGUUGUCUGCAAUACUUUUUGUGGAAAAAGUAUUUUCGACACUCAGACAUUUCUUCGCGCAAGCUCUGAUUCCUCUUCUGAAGCAAAAUUUCUUCUUGUACCGCGAUGCACAUAAUGGUUUCUUAAAUUUUUAAUUAUACAAACACAAAAUUUAUCAUAUAAAAAAAUAACACGGUGAAAUAUAUAAUUCCAGUUUGCGGUGAAUUAAUUGUCAAUUGUGUGGUCUAUCGAAUAAUUCUAUAUAUGCAGAUUAUAUUUUGUAUAUAAUACAACAUAUACUCCAUUUAGGACAAUUUAACGUUAUACAAAUAAUAAAUCUUUAUAUCCUGAUAGCCAUAUCAAUAAGUAUAUGCGCUUAUAAUAUUUUAAAUCUGUAGAGUUCUUAUUACAGCAGUAAUUAAUCUUAAUGGCGUGUGAUAUUUAUUUUGACAAAAGAAACGAACUUUUAUAGUUCAUGCAGAUGUGAGGGAAUAUUUACAUGAUGCUGUAUCUCAGAUUUUUGUAGUAAAGAUAAUUAUAUGCUCAUUAAAAUAUG